AUGAGAAUAAAGAAAAAGUACACAACAGGAACAGCAGCAACCUACAUUUCAAGAAAAAAAGCUCUCAGAAAGCUUCAAUUAAGCCUCAAAGAUUUUGGAAGGCUUUGCAUUCUUAAAGGAAUUUACCCGAGAGAGCCGAAUCAUUUAAAGAAGGCAAAUAAAGGAGGAAGUACUGAACCUAAAAUUUAUUACCACAUUAGAGAUAUUAAAUUUCUUGCUCAGGAACCGUUAAUUAACAAAUUUAGAGAAUAUAAGAUUUUUCUCAAAAAAGUCAAUCAUGCAAAAGCAAAAAAGGAAGAAUUGAAAGUUAAAAGUUUGUUUCGUCGAAAACCGAAGUUUACUUAUGAUCAUAUUAUUAAAGAACGUUACCCAACAUUUAUUUCUGCCUUACGCGAUUUGGACGAUGCUCUUUGUUUAUGUUUUGCAUUUGCUGCUUUAACACAAUCCAGAGUUGCCAAUUCAAAAUUAAUUAAUCGAUGUCGUCGUUUGACAAUUGAAUUUAUGCAUUAUAUUAUUGAAUCUAAAUCACUUAAAAAGGUUUUCAUCUCAAUAAAAGGAAUUUAUUAUCAAGCAGAAGUUAUGGGUGAAAGAAUUACUUGGAUUGUAGGUCAUGAACGUUCUGUUGGCCGUGCAAACGAAUUGGAUUUGACGACAGUUGCUUAUUUUGUUGAAUUUUAUUCUGUUUUGCUUAGUUUUGUUAAUUUUCGACUUUACAAAUCUAUUGGACUUUUUUAUCCACCACAACUUCAAUUGAAACAAAAUAAAUUGGAGAAUGAAGGAUUUUUGGAACAGGCUGGGGAAAAAGGACUUGUCGAGUAUGUUGACAAUAUUCAAUUGUUUACCUCUAUGGUCUUUCAGGGAAAGUGUCGUGUGUUAGGCAUUUUGUUACCCCGGUCCUACCUUUUUCACACUUCGGGCUUCUGCUUCGAGCAUCAAAAAGUUUUGUUGUUAUCCCCCGAGCUAGCCGCAGUUAGCUCCCGAAACUAUACCCAGAACUGGUUGAGAAUUUAUUUUAUUCACUCAUUAAAAUACACGUGA